GAUUUCUUUGCGUUUGAUUCAUCAGAAGAGGAAUCCUUCAGCCUGAUACAGACCGGCUACAUUCCUAAUAAUAAUAUCAUUCUUAAUGGAAGUGAGAAAAUAUGGAGCACAUAGACAAAAACAAUAUCCAUCAUGAAACUCAAUAUGGGUUUAGGAAAGGCAGGUCAUAUGCAACCAAUCUUCUCAUAGCAUGGGACAGAUAAAUACUGUCUAGAAUUUGUGUAAUUGAGUGGUCAGACUAAUAUUUAUUGAAAAUCACCAAAUAUCUGGAACCGUACAGAAGCAAAAAGAAGUCAACUCAAAGAAUACAAGUGGUCAAUAUUACCACAUGAAAAAGAUAUUGGAUAUUGCAUAUCUGCUUUUGCAAGGAUAAUUUAAAUGUAGCGUUGCUACAGCGGUAUUGUAAUGUGUUUGGAGGCUUACUCCGUCAGCUCCUAGUUAAGAUCACUAGAUUGUAUAAAUUCCAUGCCUGGUCCCCAAGUUAUUCCCGUUUCAUUCUUUUUAUGAAAGACUAUAUACAUGCAAUACUUCACAGAUGAGUACUCUAUGUUACCUCACUAGAGUAGAAUCAUUCUCCGCCUGUCAUCGUCUUCAUUCACGUGAUCUUAGUAAUGAAGAAAAUGUUAGAACAUUUCAAAAGUGUAACAAUCCUAUGGGACAUGGUCAUAAUUACAAACUAGAAAUCACUGUACGAGGACCUAUAGAUCAGAGAACUGGUAUGGUUAUGAACAUAAGUGACUUGAAAUCAAUCAUUCAAAAACAUGUUCUUGACCUAUUAGACCAUAAAAAUAUUGAUGAAGAUGUUGAAUACUUUAAAAAGAAUAGUAUUGUGUCAACUACAGAAAACUUAGCAGUCUUCAUAUGGACACAGUUGGUUAACGCUAUCCCAAAUCAUUUACUUUACAAAGUUAAAAUAUGGGAAACUGAAAAGAAUAUCGUAACUUAUAAAGGCGAAAGGAAAAUAAAUCAUGAAUAA